GUGCGGAGACGGGGCACGGGGGAGAAAACAGAAACGAAACGAGACCGUGCAAAACAGGCCCCCACCCUCUCUCCUCUCCGGGAAAUGGAUCUCAGUUUGAUGAGAUAGGCGAGGAGACGCUGUCAGGCCGGUGCAUGUGAAGCUACACAGCUAUGGAGCAACGGGCUCCGUCUCAAGUGAGGGGAGACUGUAUUUGGCCCCUGCAACACGUGAUGUGUUCCACUUUCCUGCGGAUCAAGUAAGCCUGCCUGCCGUAGUCCUGCUGGACCAUAUUCAGACACGCACAGACACAAACAUACUCUCAUGCACAAGGACUGAACUCUGUAAGGUUUGUAUUGUGAGUGCAUUGAUACUGUCCAACCGCAUGGAGGCACAGCAGGCUUCUCCUGACAGCAGCAGUGAGGAAUGUACUGUACUAGAGGCUACGCCUGGCAAAGGAACAGGACUAACUUGCUCACAACACAAUGGAAAAGUGCCUGCGUUGUACUGUGUGCCAUGUGAGAAUGCGGUGUGCGAAGACUGUUUGAAUGCAGAACAUGCUGAACAUCCCACAGAUUCACUGGAAAAUAUUGUGAACCAACAACUUGCAGUACUGCAGGACAGAGUGGAUGCAGCUAAAAACAGGCUGCCUCAGAUAAGAGAAUCAGUUCAGUCCUUAAGAGAUAUUCUGCAGCAGCUGAACACUCAGCGGAGUUCUAUCGAGGAGGACAUUCAUUCCUCCUUCAGCGACCUUCACAAAACUCUCGACACACGCAAGAGCGUCCUGCUCAUGGAGCUGGAGGUCACGUACGGGCUGAAGCAGAAGGUUCUGCAAGGUCAGUUGGACACGUUGCUUCAAGAAGAAGCGGCCAUAAACUACAACUCCAGCCUGACUAAAGAGGCCUUAGACGGAGGCAACAAAGCCGUCGUUCUCCAAACCAACAAGGAUGUAGGAGAGAGAUUGAGCGAACUGGCCAGUCAGGGUCUUCCCCUUCAACCUGAAGAGAAUGACCAGCUGGACCUCGUGAUGGAGAUCGAAGGACUCCGCAAGUCCAUCCACAACCUAGGAACUGUCGUCACAACCAAUGCGGUGGCCAGCCAGACCGAAGCUUCAGGGGAGGGUCUGGAGCAGUGCGUCGUGGGCCACCCCAUGUCUGUGAUCAUAACCACUAGAGACAAAGCUGGUGGAUUGUGCAAAACUGGAAACGCUGUUAUCUCAGCAGAGGUGUUCACGCCGGAUGGAAGCGUUGCGGAUGGCGAAAUUGUGGAUCAUAAAAACGGAACUUAUGAAUUUCAGUAUACGGUGAAAAAGGAGGGCAAUUUCAGUCUGGCUUUGAGACUGUAUGAUCAGCAUAUCAAAGGAAGCCCAUUUCAAUUAAAGGUCACCAGUUCUCCGGAUGACUCCCCCUGCACCACCACCGCGGCCAACGCCGCUUCCACGGGUUCCAGUGAUGGUGGGGCAAGGAAACGGAGCGCUAAGUCUCCAGGGAGCAGGAGCCGACAGAAGGGUGUUAGGCGGGCCGGAAGCCUUUUCAGUACCCCAAAGAAAAGAGUUAACCCGAUAGAGGAUGACCUUAUUUUUAGAAUAGGAACAAAAGGGAGGAAUAAAGGAGAGUUUACAAACCUUCAAGGUGUAGCAGCUUCUUCAGAUGGAAAAAUUCUGAUUGCAGACAGUAACAAUCAAUGUGUGCAGAUGUUUUCAAAUACGGGAGAGUUUCACAGUCGUUUUGGAGUACGUGGCCGGUCACCAGGUCAACUUCAACGGCCAACCGGAGUCGCUGUACAUCCAAAUGGCGACAUCAUCAUAGCUGACUACGACAAUAAGUGGGUCAGCAUCUUCUCCAGUGAAGGCAAAUAUAAGGCUAAACUGGGCUCAGGAAGGCUGAUGGGCCCAAAAGGCGUAUCUGUGGAUCAGAAUGGUCACGUCAUCGUUGUGGACAACAAAGCCUGCAUGGUUUUCAUCUUUCAGCCCAGUGGUAAACUCGUCACUAAGUUUGGCAGCAGGGGAAUCGGAGACAGACAGUUUGCUGGGCCACACUUUGCAGCAGUCAACAACAACAAUGAAAUAAUCAUCACAGAUUUUCAUAAUCACUCCGUUAAGGUGUUCAAAGCAGAUGGGGAAUUCUUGCUUAAGUUUGGGUCAAACGGGGAAGGCAAUGGACAGUUCAAUGCACCUACAGGGGUCGCUGUGGAUGUCAAUGGCAACAUUAUUGUGGCAGACUGGGGAAACAGUCGGAUACAGGUUUUUGACGGAAGCGGGUCGUUCCUCUCCUACAUCAAUACGGCUGCCGACCCUCUGUACGGGCCGCAGGGUCUCGCUCUCACCUCUGACGGUCAUGUUGUGGUGGCCGAUUCUGGAAACCACUGCUUCAAAGUCUAUCGAUACCUGCAAUGACUUGAGAGUGACUGUUUGUUGGACAUUGCCUAACGUAUGUGUCCAGUUGUCCCACUUAAUAAGUGAAACCCUUACAUUAACAGCAAACGCCCUCAUGGUUCCAGAUAUUUUCUAUUUGUUCCGCUGUUUUACGACUCUCUAGGAUUAAAGCUUGUUAACGUGCAUUGUUCAAAGAAUGCCUUGGAAUGCCUUUGCCAAAAUUCGACACGGUGCAUUGUAGAAUAAUUGUCGAACUGAGACAACUGAAUGCAUUGAUCUGUAUAAUAACGUUCAUCUUGGCUGGAAAUUGACAUGCUGCAUGUGUGACUCAUGCAUGCAUCACUCUUUUGGAAAGAUCUGAGUGUCGUAAACCACCCAAUGUGUCAAGAUGUUGAUAAAGGCAAGAUGUGAACACUAUCUAAACAUUUUAUGGUCUUUUUGAUGAGGUUGAACAGAAAUGUUCAUACCGCUCAACGUUUGUCUUAUCAUCUUCAAACAGUUGCUCAUGUGUGUCUCACAGUUAACUAAAAUGCUGAUCAUAUUCCCUGAUUUAAAAUUUGUUUUCCAAUCGGUCAAGUCUGUCAAACAACAAAAUCCAAACCUCUGUUUGGUAUUUUGACAUUAAAAGUUACAGUCAAUCUGUUUUUGCUGUAUAAUGAUAUGCUGUGUGAGGCUAACAGUAAAUUAAACAAUACAACUGUUGCCUUGCAUACUUAUAGGAUGAGGCUAGCAGCUGUUUAUUUAGAAAAUAUUAGGACUAUAUUUUCUUUACAAAUGCUAUUGAAACUGGAAAUAUCUAUAUAUUUGUGUAAUAAUCUUAAAUAAUGUUUCAAAGAAAGGGUGUGCAUUUUGUUUGGGGUUCAAAAUGAAUUUGAGUUCAUUUGUGGCUUGUAGUUAAAUGCCAAAAAUGUUAAAGGAAUUGAUUUUCAUCUCAUUCUCUUGUGCAUCCAGUGAUUCAUUAGAGGCAUGAUUCACGCAGUAGUAAUAAUAAAAAUACAAAUUCCAUCAUAACUUAAUAGCAAUAGAGUUUUCACUUUCAAUGCAAUUACUUCAUCAUCAUCAUUAUGUUGUCAUUUCUACGCUCUUGCUGUUGUAUUACACUUCCAGAACGUGGAAAUUAUUUUGAUUUAAUACAGUAUGCCUGUAUUGUAAAUGAUGUAUAUGGUUUAACCUGUGCUGAAUUGCUUGUGGUUUUCUGUAUAUAAGGAUUGUAAUGAAAGAAUGUUUUAUGUUGAUCAAAAAAGAGAUAUUACUUGAAUGUUCUUGAUUUGCUCAUAAAUUCAGUCUGUAUAAAUUCAGCCUUAUUUUUUGAAAGAUUUCUCAUUCUUUUUAUAUUGUUGAAAAUUAUUUCAGUAGAAUAUUUAUUAGUUUACCUUGUAGGUGUGUGCUCGUUAACGACUUGCUUAAACUGUGUUGAUUUCUGUGAUAUUGCUAUCACUUUAUCAAAAACAUCAUUAUAAUGUACAGAGCAGUAAAAUGAUUGUUUUGUUUUUGGUUUGAAGACUCCUUAAACCAUAACACCAGGAAGAAAAUAAAGCUGCAGUAACUGGUUAAAAAUUAAAAUAUUUUCUAGUUCGGUUAGUACACAUUUGUGAGAUCUGCAUGCAAACACAUUAUUUGUUUGUUUAUUGGUUGCAAAUUAAAUUGUGGUACUUUAACUAAACCAUGAACAAAAAACAUUGAAUAACCUGAAAAGAAACUAUUGGAAAACAGUUCAAUAAAAUUCUUACAACAUGUAAAAAGAAAUAA